AUGGUGACUUCUGAUGGACCGGACCCUGUCCGUGGCUUGACAUUUUCAUCCUUACACCAUGACCUCACAUCCCUAGCGCAACGUGAAUGCUUCCGAGAUCCGCUCAGGAUUCAUGGGAUUAGAGGCAGGGUCGCAAGUCAAAAGCAUCUGAGGCAACCCGAAGCCAGGCGUUGGAUCAUCAGAAUCCAGAUACAUACCUUAAAUACCAAUCAAAAUUCAAACGCCGAUAUUCAAGCCACCUACUGGAACAUUGAUCCCGACUACGAAUGCCUGGAGAUAGAAGAAAGCAUGGCCCACCACCGCGAUCCUAAUGCGCCUCAGAAGCUCGACGCAGCUGCUCUUGCCGAAAUCGAAAAUGACAAAGAGAUGAUUGAUUUAUAUCAAAGAAUCGAUAAUUUGACCAAAGCAAUAGACGGAAGGCCAAAAGAGCAUAGCGAACUUGUAUCUCAAAGGGAAAAGCUGUACACCAAAGCCGCUAAGAAGCGCCGCACAAAAACAGGAAUUCAUCAAUAA